ACAAGCCAUGUAUCGGACUAACUUGCUGCAUUACCUACUUCGUGCUCGAGGGAUAAGUGAAGGAAUAUUGCGUCGUUCACGAAGUUAAUUGAGAUAGUAAUCGGAGAUUAUUCUAGGUGUAAAAUAAGGUUACAACGAUUUUUAAGAACGGAGUGUAGUAGUCGAAGUGGUAAUUGUCGUCCGCGAGUAUCUGAGAACGGAAAAAAGAUUUCAGUGUUAAUAUUCUUUUCAAAGAAUCUUACACACUAGUCCAAUUGGAAAUGGAUUAAUUUUCGAGGUUCGUUGUGCUUGUGCCGCGGAGUACCAAAGUGGCCGGAUACCCCAUUUUGCCUUUGUCUCCGGCCGACAAAUAGACGGACAGACAACGGGAGAGGGAAAAGGAGGGAAGAGAGAUAGAGAGUAAACGACGCUCUGGUAAAUGUUGGCGAACCAAAGAGAGUCGCGCAUAUACUCUAUACGGACCAAAAGUUUAUUCGACAUCGAAUUAUCGACUGAAUCUCGAAAAAGAGUAAAGAAAAUAUAACUGUCAGGAUUGAAGCGUGGAAUAAAGUGCAAAGGUGUGUAACUACUGAUACCCAACAUCGGGGGACUGACUCUCUUCUAAAAGUUUAACAAACCAAAAUAGAAAUCCUCGACAAUGGAGAAAUGUGCUCGCGAAGUUCGUAAGCGGAGAUGGCGGCGCAAAACGGUGCACCACCUCUAUACGCGUUUUCGUUAUUCGGUAAUCGGUGGAUCGUCCUCGCAAGUACGCAACGACGCGAAAACUCGGAAGAAAAAAACGAAUACGGCAGCCGGCAGCGCCGCUACCUCGGGUUGACGUGUCGCGUAUGCAUAUAGUUUCAACUACGUUGAAGAAUCCAACCCUCCAUUUACCCACCCAUCCAUCCAUCCAGCCAAAAAUAUUCCACACGCGCUUUCGAAGCAUCGAUUCGGUCGGAUUUGGCUGUCGACGCUGCCGGGUCAGCGCCAGCCACCCUCAGUAAUGACGUCAUCAAACUGACUGACGUCACGCGCUGAACUAUCCGCGCGCGCCCUCGGCUCGAUGCAUGUGUGUGUGUGUGUGUGUGUGCACGAUUGUAUACACACAUUCGCGAAUACACGCGCGCGUUGCCUCGUCCGCAUUUGAGAGGGUAAGAAUGACUGACCUGUAUGAACUCGGUUGCGUCCUCGCGCGUAAGUACGCUGGCUUAAUUAUCCGCGUUUGAAAUCGGCGGUAAUUUUCACUUACAUUGCCGAAUCGGUAAGCGUGAAAUGGUAUUCGGGGCCAGCGGCGGUUCCGGUGCAGCGUUGUCCGGGCAACGCUCGGGCUUCAAAACUCGUGUUAUAAAUUGAACGUACGGCAGGUACAGGCAAUUUACUUCGCGGAUAUUUAGCAAUACAAAUCAUUUCUGGUCAACAGAGAGAGAAAGAGAGCGAAGAGACAAAUCGCGCAACGAUUUGAUUUUCGAUUGAUGAAAGCCUGUACUCCCUUCAUAAUGUUACGCAAUCUAUAACUUUUAAUAUCGCAAGCCAAUAAACCCCAAGGACGAGUGGCCCUGGUUUAUCUUGACGAUGAUGAUGAUGAUGAUGAUGAUGAUGAUGAUGAUGAUGAUGAUGUAUGAGAUUAGAACCAACUGCUAGAUUCUUACCGUCCUUAAAUCAUCUUCUCUCAGAAUUAACGUGUUCAAUAAUCUCACAGGAGUUGUUGGAUCCUCACUUUUACUACACGCCUCCUUCUCAUUACCACAUUAUCAACAGAUUUUGUGGAAAAGUCUACUUAGCUGAGAUGUCGCGUGAUUAUGACAGCAGGAGAAGAGGUGGCAACGGUAGCGGAUCGAGCAAGAUGCGAAUGGACACAAAUGUCUCACAGUCCAGACCACACGGGGAAAGUUCUGGCAAGCGUAGAGAACUUGACAAUAUGAUGAGAAAAGCUAGGGAGUCCCAGUCAAGUUAUUGGAAUAAGAAGCUGCUAGAAGUUGAAGAGCGGGAUCCGAACAGGUGGCGUCACAGCGGGUACAAAGAGCUCUACAUCGGUGGGACUACUGGUGGCGAGCCAAGCAGAGGAAAUCCACGUAGCCCUCGGAGUCCAAGACCCCGCAGUCCUCACAGCCCUCGUCCUCGCAGCCCCAGGCCUCGGAGCCCUAGGUCACCACGCGAGAGAACUUCUCACGCUAAUCGAACACGUGUAGCGCGCAGUCCAAGCUCGGGAAGCACAUGUUCCGAUCGAUCGUGCUCAGUUUGCUCUCCCAAAGAGCGUCGCCGCGUUGCGCCACCGUCACGCUCGCGUUCUAGAUCCUUUUCUGCAUCCAGAUCAAGGCCACACGUCAAAGAAAUUCCAGCUUCUAGCUCUAGGGUACCUGCUCCAAGGGCUAGACCCCGGUCACCUCCUUUACCACGACCGCGUACUCCACCACCAGCUCCUCAGCCCCCACCGAGCAGGCAUCACAAAGAGUAUAAGCAGGGUAAAGAGAAGGAGGCCAAGGCCCGACGCAAGGAGAAACAUCACAGCAGAGUCCUAGAUGACCCGCGAGUUCCAGAUCCUAUACCAUUGAUGCGUAAACCGGUUAAAGUUGAGAAGAUGCAUCCUAAUCACCCUCCACCACAAUCCAUUCAAUCUGGACAUCCGCCACUGGAUUCAUCGGCUAGUGAUGAUAGCGACAGUUCUUCUAAUACUUCACAUGUUGGACCUCCAAGAAUGACGUUGUCUGAAAGGUUUGGUAAAAUGGCACAAUGGAGCGUAGAUAGAAGAGAUAUGGAGAAUAUGCGCAUAACGAAGGAUGGUGAGAACGCCAUGAAAGUGGUAAUAGAGGGAGAAGAAAGAAUCGCUCGGCUGGGCUACGACUCACCUCCACCAGGACAUUAUCCAGAAUCUCUUUUGGCCCAGGGGCCACGUGGUCUUGAAUCAUGGGACGAUGUACGUGUUAGGUACGAUUACUACAAGGCUCGUGGUUACCUGAGAGAUCUGACGCUCGAUGAUUACGUUAAAUGGGAAGAAUGGUGGUACAAGUACCAGGAAUGGCUGGAAGCUGAACGAUAUUACGAGCAAUGGGCUACGAACCGCCCUUCCGGUGGAGGUCGUAAAAGACGUGGACGCCGCAACAAUAAUGCUCACUAGCCAGAGUAAUUUCGAACACGUUAACGACAAGUCGACUUUCUCGUGAACAAUAUCAUUGUUGAAUACUUAUACAUUAUUUACUAUACAUAUAAACACUCAUCGUAAAUGCAUUAUUAUCAGUAUAGGUAUAUCAUGUAUGUACAAGCUCUAUAUUACGAUUAAAUAUUAUCAUGGUCA